AUGGGCCAACCUUGUAACAAUAAGAAGAGUGCAGAGAAAGAUGUUGCCGCUGAAGCGCUGCAAUGGUUAACGGGCAAGCAUGCUAGCCGUGAAUAUAUCGAUCUUUCCAUGCCCAUGUUCCUCAAGAUCGCUCAGUACCGCGCCGGAAUCAUCCCCGUCGCUUACCGCCGGGUACCAUGUAGAAAGACAGGAGGCAUCAGAUUCACAAUCAACGGUUUUCGUUACUUCAACUUGGUUUUAAUCAGCCACGUCGCGGGUGCAGGGGAUAUCAUGCGUGUGAGUGUAAAAGGAACCAACACAGCAUGGAUGACAAUGAGCCGAAACUGGGGGCAAAACUGGCAAUCCAAUGCAGUUUUUGUGGGCCAGGCUCUCUCUUUUAGGGUUACCGGUAGUGACCGUCGUACAUCAACGUCGUGGAACGUGGCACCAUCUCAUUGGCAGUUCGGACAAACCUUCACACCCUGUCAAAACAACAACCGCAACCUCUUUUUCUGCUACUUCCAGCACCCAGCUCCCUCUGCUCGCGUCGAAUCUCAGCGUUCAUGUUUCGUGCAAACAACAACAACUCCAUUUCCAAUUCCAUUUUGGUGA